AAGCAUUGGGUGGCGGGGCAGACAGUCAGUCGAAGCGAUGGUGGUGAAGUUUGUGGUCAGUGCUGUGUCGCUGGCUGCUGUGGCGGUGUUGGCGGCUGGAAGGGGUCUCCAGCCAGCCUACUUCCCCACAGCAGUGCAGGCGCCCUUCAGUGUCUUCGUCCCCGUCCCCAUUGCUGAGGAGUACGUGAGGUUUGCGAGAAGCGCCUUCCGAGACCACGCGGAUGCGACGCCCGAGGAGAGGAUAGAGUGGCUGAGGGAGACCGUGCCGGGAGAGCCUGGGAGGGACUACCCGAUCUACUGGCAGAUACCCGAAACCUCCUUCUCCUGCGAUGGACGCGAAGGUUACUUCGCUGACGAGGAGGCCAGAUGUCAAGUGUUCCACGUGUGCUUCCACAACACGGGGCGCUCCUUCCUCUGCCCCAACGGCACCAUCUUCAACCAGGGCACCAAGAUCUGUACCUGGUGGCACUCCAUCCAGUGUGGCGCCAGCGGGGACAACGUGGCACCCGUCAUCCCUCACGCGGACUCCCCACCGUCACCCCCCAACAGUCACACCAGCAAGAAGUUAGCAGGUUACCCAGGCUUCGGCAGCAGGCUGAGCAGUGAACGCAGGGAGGAAGAAAGGAGACGUGUGCAGCAGAGUGAGGUUGCAAGUCAGAAAAGGAAGCAGCAGCAGGCACAGCAGGCGUCCUAUGAGAGGCGUGAAGAAAGAAGGAAACAGGAGCAGAGGCGAAGGGAACAAGAGGAAAGGAGACGUCAGGAGGCCAGUAAACGAGAGCAGGAACAACGCUUCCAGCAGAGGCAACACGCAGACACGAGACAAGAAGAGCAGCAGCAACAGCAGCGUUUUGAGCACAGACAGCAGGAAGAGGAGAGGGCACAGCAGGAGCAACACUUUAAGCAGACAAAACAGCGGGAGAGCCAUGGAGCGGCACAAGGCAAGCAGGCGGAGCAACAGACGGUAAUGCACGGCCAGCAGGCACACCAGGAGCAGGUAAGGCAGCAGGAGGUGGUGGUGGUGGAGCAGAGUGCCAGUGAGGACCACAGUAGUGUGCAGGGAACCACCAGGCACCGAGAGGGAGCCUCGCGACUACAGCCACCGACCCCAGUCACGCUGGAGGUUGAAUUUGCACCUCGAGCCUCCGACGCUCCCACCGUGCCCAGACGUCAGCAGGAGUUCGGGGCGCGCCUCCCGGUGACACAGGCAGAGGGCGCUGACUCGGAGUCCCAGGAGUACGGCAUUCCCCUGAGCGCCACGCGGCCACAUUACCCUGACGCACAAAGGUCAGGGGAGGAAGAAGAAAGUGAGGAGGUAUUCACCUUCCCCAUCUUCCCGCCCUCCACAGCAACGCCUCACCACAAGGAUUCUGACGAGUCACCAGAGUACGGCGUGCCGCUGUCAGCCACGCGACCACAGUACUUUGAGUCUCAUGAGCAGGAGGAGUCCGAGGAAUCCUUCCCCGGAAAGCGCGUGCUGCAGCGCAUCCUGUCCUCCCUUGAGCGGCACGGCAGCACCUCCACGGUGGAGGUGGGCGCCGCAGUGGUGCCGCCCCUCGACAAGCGCCCGCCACUGGGUACAGAGGAACAGCACCAGACAGUGGCACCUCACGAACACUCAGAAGCACCUGAGGAACACUCAGCACCACGUGAGGACCACUUAGCAGCAAAGGUGGAACACUCAGCAGCACAGGCGGAGCACUCAUCAGCACCAGUAGAACAACCAGCGGUGGGACACUCAGCAGUACCAGUGGAACAACCAGCAGUGGAGCAUUCAGCAGCACCUGUGGAACAAACAGCGGUGAAACCCUUAGCAGCACAGGUGGAACACUCAGCAGCACCAGUGGAACAACCUGCAGUGGAACACUCAGCAACACUAGAGGAACAGCCAGCAGUGGAACACUCAGUAGCACCAGUGGAACACUCAAUUGCUCCAGUGGAACAACACGUUGCACCAGUGGAACAAGUAGCAGUGGAAGAAAAAGCAGCACAAGUGGAACACUCACCAGCACCAGUGGAACAACUAGCUGUGGAGCAACCCGUUGUACCAGUGGAACAGCUAGCAGUGGAAGACUCACCAGCACCAGUGGAACAACUAGCUGUGGAGCAACCUGUUGUACCAGUGGAACAACUAGCUGUGGAGCAACCUGUUGUACCAGUGGAACAGCUAGCAGUGGAAGACUCACCAGCACCAGUGGAACAACUAGCCACAAAACACUCACCAGCACCAGUGGAAAAACUUGCAGUGGAAGAACCCGCUGCACAAGUAGAACACUCAGUUGCACCAGUGGAACAACUAGCAGUGGAAGAACCUGCAGCACCACUGGAACACUCACCAGCACCAGUGGAACAACUAGCAGUGGAAGAACCAUCAGCACCAGUGGACCACUCAGCAGCACCAGUGGAACAACUAGCAGUGGAAGAACCAUCAGCACCAAUGGACCACUCAGCAGCACCAGUGGAACAACUAGCAGUGGAAGAACCAUCAGCUCCAGUGGACCACUCAGCAGCACCAGUGGAACAACUAGCAGUGGAAGAACCAGCAGCACCAGUGGACCACUCAGCAGCACCAGUGGAACAACUAGUAGUGGAAGAACCAGCAGCACCAGUGGAACAACUAGCACUGGAAGAACCAUCAGCUCCAGUGGACCACUCAGCAGCACCAGUGGAACAACUAGCAGUGGAAGAACCAGCAGCACCAGUGGACCACUCAGCAGCGCCAGUGGAACAACUAGCAGUGGGAGAACCAUCAGCACCAGUGGAUCACUCAGCAGCACCAGUGGAACAACUAGUAGUGGAAGAACCAGCAGCACCAGUGAAACAACUAGCAUUGGAAGAACCAUCAGCUCCAGUGGACCACUCAGCAGCACCAGUGGAACAACUACCAGUGGGAGAACCAGCAACACCAGUGGAACAACUAGUAGUGGAAGAACCAGCAGCACCAGUGGAACAACUAGCAGUGGAAGAACUAUCAGCUCCAGUGGAACAACUAGCAGGGGAAGAACCACCAGUACCAGUGGACCACUCAGCAGCACCAGUGGAACAAAUAGCAGUGGAAGAACCAGCAGCUCCAGUGGACCACUCAGCAGCACCAGUGGAACAACUAGCAGUGGAAGAACUAUCAGCUCCAGUGGACCACUCAGCAGCACCAGUGGAACAACUAGCAGUGGAAGAACCAUCAGCUCCAGUGGACCACUCAGCAGCACCAGUGGAACAACUAGCAGUGGAAGAACCAUCAGCUCCAGUGGACCACUCAGCAGCACCAGUAGAACAACUAGAAGUGGAAGAACCAGCUGCACCAGUGGAACAACUAGCAGUGGAAGAGCCAUCAGCUCCAGUGGACCACUCAGCAGCACCAGUGGAACAACUAGCAGUACAAGAACCAGCUGCACCAGUGGAACAACUAGCAGUGGAAGAACCAGCAGCACCAGUGGACCACUCAGCAGCACCAGUGGAACAACUAGCAGUGGAAGAACCAGCAGCACCAAUGGACCACUCAGCAGCACCAGUGGAACAACUAGCAGUGGAAGAACCAUCAGCUCCAGUGGACCACUCAGCAGCACCAGUGGAACAACUAGCAGUGGAAGAACCAUCAGCUCCAGUGGACCACUCAGCAGCACCAGUGGAACAACUAGCAGUGGAAGAACCAUCAGCACCAGUGGACCACUCAGCAGCACCAGUGGAACAACUAGCAGUGGAAGAACCAUCAGCUCCAGUGGACCACUCAGCAGCACCAGUGGAACAACUAGCAGUGGAAGAACCAGCAGCACCAGUGGACCACUCAGCAGCACCAGUAGAACAACUAGCAGUGGAAGAACCAUUAGCACCAGUGGACCACUCAGCAGCACCAGUGGAACAACUAGCAGUGGAAGAACCAUCAGCUCCAGUGGACCACUCAGCAGCACCAGUGGAACAACUAGCAGUGGAAGAACCAUCAGCUCCAGUGGACCACUCAGCAGCACCAGUGGAACAACUAGCAGUGGAAGAACCAUCAGCACCAGUGGACCACUCAGCAGCACCAGUGGAACAACUAGCAGUGGAAGAACCAUCAGCUCCAGUGGACCACUCAGCAGCACCAGUGGAACAACUAGCAGUGGAAGAACCAGCAGCACCAGUGGACCACUCAGCAGCACCAGUAGAACAACUAGCAGUGGAAGAACCAUUAGCACCAGUGGACCACUCAGCAGCACCAGUGGAACAACUAGCAGUGGAAGAACCAUCAGCUCCAGUGGACCACUCAGCAGCACCAGUGGAACAACUAGCAGUGGAAGAACCAUCAGCACCAGUGGACCACUCAGCAGCACCAGUGGAACAACUAGCAGUGGAAGAACCAUCAGCACCAGUGGACCACUCAGCAGCACCAGUGGAACAACUAGCAGUGGAAGAACCAUCAGCACCAGUAGAUCACUCAACAGCACCAGUGGAACAACUAGUAGUGGAAGAACCAGCAGCACCAGUGGAACAACUAGCAUUGGGAGAACCAUCAGCUCCAGUGGACCACUCAGCAGUGCCAGUGGAACAACUAGGAGUGGGAGAGCCAUCAGCACCAGUGGACCACUCAGUAGCACCAGUGGAACAACUAGUAGUGGAAGAACCAGCCGCACCAGUGGAACAACUAGCAGUGGAUGAACCAUCAGCUCCAGUGGACCACUCAGCAGCACCAGUGGAACAACUAGCAAUGGAAGAACCAUCAGCACCAGUGGACCACUCAGCAGCACUAGUGGAACAACUAGCAGUGGAAGAACCAUCAGCUCCAGUGGACCACUCAGCAGCACCAGUGGAACAACUAGCAGUGGAAGAACCAUCAGCUCCAGUGGAACACUCAGCAGCACCAGUGGAACAACUAGCAGUGGAAGAACCAUCAGCACCAGUGGACCACUCAGCAGCACCAGUGGAACAACUAGCAGUGGAAGAACCAUCAGCUCCAGUGGAACACUCAGCAGCACCAGUGGAACAACUAGCAGUGGAAGAACCAGCAGCGCCAGUGGACCACUCAGCAGCACCAGUGGAACAUCUAACAGUGGAAGAACCAUUAGCACCAGUGGACCACUCUGCAGCACAAGUGGAACAACUAGCAGUGGAAGAACCAGCAGCACCAGUGGACCACUCAGCAGCACAAGUGGAACAACUAGCAGUGGAAGAACCAGCAGCACCAGUGGAACAACUAGCAGUGGAAGAACCAGCAGCACAACUGGAAGACUCAGCAGCACCAGUAGAACAACCCACAGCUCCAGUGCAGCACUCAGCAGCACCAGUGCAACUCUCACCAGCACCAGUGGAACAACUAGCAGCGGAGCAGCCCGCGGCUCCAGUGCAAUACUCAGCAGCACCUGUGGAACACUCAGCAGCACCUGUAGAAGACUCAGCAGCACCUGUGGAACACUCAGCAGCACCUGUGGAACACUCAGCAGCACCUGUGGAACACUCAGCAGCACCUGUGGAACACUCAGCAGCACCUGUGGAACACUCAGCAGCACCAGUGCAACACUCAGCAACACCUGUGGAACACUCAGCAGCACCUGUGGAACACUCAGCAGCACCAGUGCAACACUCAGCAACACCUGUGGAACACUCAGCAGCACCUGUGGAACACUCAGCAGCACCAGUGCAACACUCAGCAACACCUGUGGAACACUCAGCAGCACCUGUGGAACACUCAUCAGCACCAGUGCAACACUCAGCAACACCUGUGGAACACUCAGCAGCACCUGUGGAACACUCAGCAGCACCAGUGCAACACUCAGCAACACCUGUGGAACACUCAGCAGCACCUGUGGAACACUCAUCAGCACCAGUGCAACACUCAGCAACACCUGUGGAACACUCAGCAGCACCUGUGGGACACUCAGCAGCACCUGUAGAAGACUCAGCAGCACCUGUGGAACACUCAGCAGCACCUGUGGAACACUCAGCAGCACCUGUGGAACACUCAGCAGCACCUGUGGAACACUCAGCAGCACCUGUGGAACACUCAGCAGCACCUGUGGAACACUCAGCCACACCUGUGGAACACUCUGCAGCACCUGUGGAACACUCAGCAGCACCUGUGGAACACUCAGCAGCACCUGUGGAACACUCAGCAGCACCUGUGGAACACUCUGCAGCACCUGUGGAACACUCAGCAGCACCUGUGGAACACUCAGCAGCACCUGUGGAACACUCUGCAGCACCUGUGGAACACUCAGCAGCACCUGUGGAACACUCAUCAGCACCAGUGCAACACUCAGCAACACCUGUGGAACACUCAGCAGCACCUGUGGAACACUCAGCAGCACCUGUGGAACACUCAGCAGCACCUGUGGAACACUCAGCAACACCAGUGCAACACUCAGCAACACCUGUGGAACAUUCAGCAGCACCCGUGGAGCAGCAAGUGGCACCUGUACAGCACUCGUCAGUCCCCGUGCAGCAUCCUGCAGCACCCGUGGACUCUGCAGCGACGCAGGAGCCUUCAGGAAUCCUACAGUCGGUGGUGACCGUCAUGCAGCGCCUGGGCCUGUCGGUGGGCUCCCUAGACGAUACCGCUCCGCAGCAGUCCCGCCACUCGCAGGAAGAUGUGUCCUUAGAGCUGCAGUCACGUGAUGGUGUCAGGCACUCCCUGGAACUCCUGGACCCUGUACACUCCCUGGAAGUCCAGACACACGUGGAGCAGCAGUCCCAGCAGGCGAGGCAAGAGUUGUCAGUAGAGCAUGUGGUGCAGGAGGGACAGAGUGUGUUCAUCCUAGAGGUGUCUACAGAUGAUGACUCGCCUGCCCUGGAACGCUCCAUUGAACGACUGGAGCCGAGGGAUUCCUUGGAGCUUCUGUCACAAGGGUUCCACGGCUUGGCCUUGUCAGACUCUCGGCCACAGGCACAGCCCACAGCACCUGUGCAGUUCACCCCUACAGGUAGCAGGUCGUCAGUACAAGUGCAGGCAGAUGCUUCCCUCCCCUCCAGAACACAGGCACAAGACCAGCUGUCAUCCAUCGACCAAGUGACAUUUGUUCUGGACCGUUCCAGGGAGACCGAUUCCCCUAGUGAUGAUGACAGGCGCCCCUCCCUGGAGCGUCUGGAGCCAAGGGAUUCGCUAGAACUCCUGUCACGAGAGGAAGGCUCGCGCGCCACCCAGCACGGGGUGUUCCUCUCAGACUCCGGCCCACAGGAGCAGCGCAAGACGCCCGUGGAGCAGGCCGACACCCUCAGACAGCGCCAAGGAGCGCUCCUCUCUGGCUUCAGGCCACGCAUACCUGUACAGCCCAAGAGGGCACCUGUAGAAUCACACGGGUUACCUUUGUCACCUGUGCAACACAAACAGCCACAAGCACCUAGGGAGAAUCUGACACCUGUGAAACCAGUGGAAGAUACAAAGUCACAGCCACCCGCAAAGCAAACGGUACCUGUACACCCUCAAGGUGUGCCUCUGUCCCCUGUGCCAGUCAAUAUGCCUGAAACACCUGCAGAAGCUGUACAACCUCACGGAGUACCUUUGUCACCUGUGCAACCCAAGCAGUCACAGGCACCUCAAGAGAACCUGGUACCUGUGGAACCUGCAUCUCCAGCACCUGUGGAACCUGCACCUCUAUCACCUGUGGAACCUGCACCUCCAGCACUUGUGGAACCCAGACAGCCACAGGCACCAGCUGUGAAGCCCCCUGGAGCACCACUGUUACCUGACAUACCUCUGCUGCCUGUACAGCCCCGAAGGCCACAGGAACCUGUAGAAAGGAAGCCUUUAGGGUCCACAGGAGUACCUCUGAUAUUCAUAAUACCUGAUGACAAACCACUGGUACAGUCCAAGAAGCUUCAGGAGCCUAUUGAACUCCACGUGAUAGAUCUGGCAGCUCUAACACCCAAAAAGCCACAGGUACCUCCUAAGUCCACCGGCAUAGCCUUGACACCUGUGCAGCCGAGAAGACCACAGGAACCUGUCACACCCACCGGCAUACCACUGAUACCUGUGCAGCCUAGAAGACAACCAGCACCUGCACAAGCAAGACUGCCUUUGUCAUCACUGCUAAGGAACAGGCCACAAGGUAAUGCCAAGGCCCAGAGAGCGCCGGAAACACCAGCGCAUCGCAGGAGACCUCAGCAGACCACUGCUUCAAGAUCCCAAACUCGAAUACCUUUAUCGCCCACUAACCUCUUGCGCCCAAGGACACAAACACAACCAGCGGCGUCCAGACCCCGUGGAGGUAAUCGAUUUGGCCAAAGACUCUCCACUGAGCAAAUUCUGAGGUCCCUCGAAGUGGAUGACACUCCUCUGGACACCAUAGAGCGUUUGGACUCCAGGGAACGGUUUGAGGCCACGCAGUCAAAGGCCCGGGACACUCAAGAAGUCCUGGAUUUUGAGGAUGACACAAGGCAGAGGGUGGCCGAUCGGCGGUUCGGGCUGCCCUUGGCCUUGUCCAGGUCUAAUGCAGGCACACAAAAGGAUUCACAGCAGUUAUUCAGACGUGUUGGAAGCUCACCAGCUCAAGAAGAACCUCAGCAAAAGAUCCAGUCUACACCUCAGCAAAAGAUCCAGCCUGCAAGACCUCUGCUCCAGAUCCAGCCUGCACAACCUCAAGAAAAGAUCCAGCCUGUACCUAAACUGGUGAUACAGCCUGCACAGCCCAAGCAGGAGGUGCAGCCUGCAGAACCUCAACAGCAGCUUGUGGACAUCACAGGACAACAAGACACCCUUCUGGAAUUCGACCCCUCAGAUCCUCUUUCUGUGGAACUUAAAGGGCACGUGGAUGAAUUCCUUUCCCUGGAGCGUGUUACCCCCUCAGAUCCCAGUGAACCCGCGAUCUUCAUCAUUCAGGAGGAAUCCAUGGUGUCCAAAGAGGUUCAGGACACGGAUGACACCUUUAGAUCGCGGGAAGUUCCUGAUUCUGUAGACAACGAUUCCUCAGAGCGUCUGGCGUCAGCUGGAGGCCAGGGCAGCACGCAGUCUGGCAUCUCCUUAUUCCUGCAGCCACUGGGAAAUGAUGUAGGACAGCAAGAGGCACAGAAAGAAACGAAUAAUGAAGGCAAUGGGAAGUCCUCCCUGCAGCAAGCUAUUGAGGACCUGAUGGCAAGCCUGCUGCACGUAAGCAAGGGAUUUACUAACGAGCAGAACACUGACACCCAAGACACCCACACCACUUCUAACUUCCAUGUCACUGAUGGAGACUUUGGCAGUUUCCAUGAAGCCUCUGAAGUGUUGCCAGCCGUGGUGCUCCCUGAGUCAGGCUCCACAGUAGAGACUGAAACAGCGACCGAAAAGCAUGCUGACAAAAGCACUGCUACCUCCCUUGCCGCGGCGGAGGAGCUGACCACGCUCCCCGCCACUGAGGAGGUGGUUAAGGUGCACCCCACAGAAGAAGUGGUGGAGGACGACCAGGUCACCACAGCCUCCCCUGCUGAGGAUCACACCCCCGUUAAGGAGAUGACAACACUUGCUCUAACUGAGGAGGAGGUCACAACAGUCAUCCCGGAGCAGGAGACCACAGCAACUCACACCGAGAAGACCUUGUCCAUGUCCUUCUCUGUACGGCAGGGCAUCGCCGCAACUCUCCCCGAGCAGCAGCAGAAGGCAGCCACCACUGAUUUUCCAGCUCAGCAGGCGACCACGUCCAUUCCAGAAGAGCAGGAAGUUACCACUUUAGUCGCUGGUGACCAGCAAGCGACUACUGCCCUACCAGAAGAGGACACAACCACCACCACUUCUUCCUCCCACAAGGAUACAACCACCACUACUUCUGCUUCCAAGGACACCACAAGCACCACCACUACUAUCCAGGGACAGGACACUUCACCCACCACAACCACCACCUCCACUAUUGAAGGGGCCACUACAACCACCACCGCCUCCCCUGCCAAUGACACGACAACAGCCACCACUACCACCCCUGACAGUGAGAUCACGACCACUCCCGCAGCAGACGCGCAGGAGGACCUCACCACAACAAUUCCAGAUGAGGAGACGACCACUGCAAGUCCUUCCACCACAACGAAAAAGACGACCAACUCCAAACUCGUACGACCCCCACGACUUAUCCGCCAACGACCACGAGUUAGGUAUCAGCGUCCCAAGCCGUCUGAAGGGCCCAGCCAGAGGUCACUGGUACGACCAAAUCACGGCGCUGCUAACCUAAGGCAGGAACGACCCAGGUCAAAGUACACGACACCAGAACGACUUCAGAAUGAUCAGGGUUCCGCACGACGACCCAAGUUUGCUUCCCGUCUGUUAGGCCUAUACAGACCGCCCAAAUAAGCCUAUGUGACUUGGAAAAAUGUGCCAAAUGUGGUGAAUAUAAAUAAUGGCUGUUUGUUUAUCCGCUGUCUAUUUAUUUAUGUGUUACGGUGACAUGAAUGUACUAUUUAUUGUCUUAUUUAUUAUGUUAAUAUCUCGGUGUGUGUUUUGUAAUGCCAUAUCUAUAAAGUCUCUCUCUCUCUCUCUCUCUCUCUCUCUCUCUCUCUCUUAAUUUGUAGUCCUGAUUUUCGGCGGCGCCAGUUGACCCCACUGUCGCGCCGCCUUAAAUCAGUCAGCCAGUCAGUCAGUCAAUCAAUUUCCUGAUUUUGGAAUGGGACCUGAGUUAGUUGUGAUCCUCUCUCUCUCUCUCUCUCUCUCUCUCUCUCUCUCUCUCUCUCUCUCUCUCUCUCUCUCUCUCUCUCUCUCUCUCUACGUUAAGGGUUUUAUACAUAUUUACAACUCUGCGUUCGCUGUUCGUGUGGGAUUUCUAUAUAUAUUUUUUUGUAAACGUGAGCACUGUCCCUCCUGAAGCAAAGAGAGGCAGGAAGGGAAGUCUACAUGUAUUCCUCCUAUCACUGAGCUCAAUAAAGAGAUGCCA